UUCUCGAAAAAUAUCGUAUGCGAUAUUUUUUGAGAAUAUGGCCCCUGUUGAGUCUGUUGAAUGCACCUAUUGUAGAAUGGUGAUAUAUUAUUAACAAUAUUCAUCAUACGACACACGACAUACAACUAGCGACUCCGAUAUACGACUUCGACAUACGACUUAUUGUAGAACGGGCCUUAAGCGUUAGUGCGACAGUUGCAUGGAUUGUUUUGCAGCAUCCUUCGGUUACUUGACAGUAGGAAGAUUCUAGAAAGAUAAAAAUCCCAUAUUUUAUAUUAUAUUUUACCGUUUCAUAAAGAAAGUAUAAUUGUGAAUGAUAAGGAUAUAAUGGAUGCUGACAACGUUAUCACCAAAAUGGAAAAUAAUGUAAUGCCCGUUCCAAAAAUAAAACAUGAUUGGUAUCAAACAGAGACCCACGUUAUCGUAACAAUACUUGCAAAAAAUACAGAAAAUGUGAAAGUUGCAUAUGAAGAAAAUACACUAAGUGUAUCUGCAAAGUUGCCAUCUGGUAAUGAAUAUAGUUUAGAAUUAGAUUUGGCUCACACGGUAGUAGUCGAACAAUGUACGCACAAAGUAUGGCCAUCUAAAAUAGAAAUCAAACUGAAAAAACAGGAUGAUCUUAGAUGGACGAUAUUAGAGGGAAAUCCAGUUGAACAGAAUAAAGUAAAACCUAUACCAAAUGAAAUACUCCAAGCUAGCCAACAAACAUCUAAAUAUCCAAGUUCUUGUAAAAUAUACAGAGAUUGGGAUAAAGUAGAAAAGGAAAUAGAAAAACAAGAGGCAGCUGAACAACCAGAGGGUGAUGCAGCGAUAAAUGCUCUCUUCCAACAAAUAUAUGGUAAAGGAUCUGAUGAAGUAAGACGUGCAAUGAACAAGUCCUUUAAUCUGGCGGCACUGUUCUGAGCACUAAUUGGGAAGAAGUAGGACAUGGAACAGUUGAAAGAAAACCACCCGAUGGGAUGGAAUGGAAAUCUUGGAAUUCAUAAUUUGUGACAAAUUUUUAAACAUCAGUUUUUCAGUGUUUUAUGCAUGUAAUAAUUGCAUUCUCUCUCUUAAUUAUAUAUAUAUCAUACAUAUGAUUAUUCAGUAUAAGAUAUAUAUUAAGUAGGCAGCAUUGUGUGAUACUUCAUACUUUGUAAUAUUUCUCUUUCUAUAUGAUAGUGAUUCAAUAAUAUAAUAAACUAAUUUCCGUGUUAAAAAUUUUUUUUGUAUGAUUAUAAAAUAUAUAAAAUCAUUAACACA